AUGAACAUCAUGUUGUCUGAAGCCAAAAAGGGCCAUCAGGUUUACGAGGUGGUGACAGUGACAGGAGAUGUCCGGGGAGCAGGAACCGAUGCCAAUGUCUUUGUCACUCUCUUUGGAGAGCACGGGAUCACUCCCAAGACUCAUCUCACCAGCAAGAGCAGCACAGCCUUUGAGAGGAGCAAAACAGAUGUGUUCCGAGUGAAAACCAAUAACGUUGGACAAAUAAAGAAAAUAAGGAUUGAGCAUGACAACACCGGACUGAACGCGGGGUGGUUCCUCGACCGUGUGAUCGUGACCGAUAUGAACAGACCUCACCUCCGCUUCUACUUCCCCUGCAACAACUGGCUGAGCAAGGAGGAUGGGGAUGGACUCUAUGUCAGAGACCUCGUUGGCAGCCUGAAUCCCAUGGAUGUGCCCAAAAUCAACAAAUACGUGGUCCGGGUUUUUACUGGUGAAGUCAGCGGCAGUGGAACAGAUGCAGAUGUCUUCAUUAAUAUCUUCGGUGAGAAAGGAGACACAGGUGUGAGGAAACUGGACAAUGACAAAGACAACUUUGAAAAAGGAGCAGAAGACAAGUUCACACUAGAUGCUCCGAAUCUGGGAAAAUUAAGAAAAAUUAAUAUUGGGCAUAAUAACAAGGGUGGCUCUGCUGGCUGGUUCCUUGCAAAGGUGAUCAUUGAGGACAUUGGCAAUAAGUGUGUGUACCAAUUCCCGGUUGGGCGCUGGUUCGCUUUAGACGAGGAUGACGGGAAAAUACAGAGGGACAUUCUUGUUGGGGGCACUGAAGCCACAGGUAUUGUGUACAAUGUGGCUGUGGUGACGGGAGAUAUCAGAGGAGCUGGCACCAACUCCAAGAUCCACGUAAUUCUCCACGGCUCCAAAGGCUUAAAGAACAGUGGGAAGGUUUUCCUGGAAGGGGGUGAAUUUGAGCGUGCCAGGACGGAUCUCUUCAACGUGGAGAUAGCUGCCCUGCUCAGCCCUCUCAGCAGAGUCACCAUUGGGCAUGAUAAUUGUGGCGUCAGCUCCGGCUGGUUUUGUGAGAAGGUGGUGGUUUACUGCCCUUUCACUGGGAUUGAGCAAACCUUCCCGUGUGGGAAGUGGCUGGAUGAAGAUGAAGGGGAUGGUCUCAUAGAGCGGGAACUCUACGAAAUGGUCUCCCUGCGCCAGAAAAGACUGAAAAAAAAUCCCUGGUCUCUGUGGAUCUGGACAAGUGACAUUAAAAAUGCAGGAACAGAUGCCACCAUCUUCUUCCAGAUUUAUGGAGAUAAAGGGAAGUCAGAUGAGAUUAAGCUAGACAACAAUUCAGACAACUUUGAGACUGGACAGACUGACAAAUUCAUGAUAGAGCUUCCUGAUCUUGGCACCUUUUAUAAGCUCCGGAUAUGGCACGAGAAAAGAAAUCCCUUUGCUGGCUGGCAUCUGAAUAAGGUAACUCUGCUGAAAACGCUGACAAAAGAAAAAUACUCAUUCAACUGCGGCCGCUGGCUAGAUAUAAAUGAAGAGGACAAUGAGAUCGUGAGGGAGCUCCCUGCUGAGGGAUCUCUGGUGACUGAAGUCAUGCCAGUGAUCAAAUACCGGGUGACAGUGUGCACGGGCACGGUGAGUGGCAGUGGCACGGAUGCCAACGUCUUUGUUUGCCUCAUUGGAGACCAGGGGGACACGGGUGAGCGCGUCCUCUACAACUGCAUCAACACCGUCAACAAAUUUGAAAAAGGCAAUGCCGAUGAAUUCUUCAUUGAAGCAGUAACGCUGAAGCAGGUGAGGAGGGUGAGGAUAGGGCAUGAUGGCAAAGGAGGAAGCAGUGGCUGGUACCUUGCCAAAGUGAUAGUGAGGGAAGAAGGACAGCCAGAAAGUGAGGCUGUGGAAUUCCCCUGCUACAGAUGGCUUGACAAAAAUGAGGACGAUGGUCAGAUUGUCCGAGAAUUAGUGCCUGCUGGGGAGUCACCAUUGCUAAAAAAUGUCAGUUAUCACAUCAGUGUGAAGACAGGAGAUAUCCCUGGUGCCAGCUCAGAUUCCAAAGUUUUCAUCAAACUCUACGGUGAAAAAGCAGACUCCAGCAAAGAGCCUCUCUUAGUCUCUGACAAUGAUCUAGGCAAUUAUUUUGAACGUGGUCGAGUGGACGAGUUUACUCUAGAUAUGAUGGAUAUUGGAAAGAUCAACCGAAUACUGAUUGGACACGAUAACGUGGGUCUGCGGUCCGGCUGGUUCCUGGCCAGUGUCCAGAUCACAGUUCCAGUCCAGGGAAGGCAGUACAUGUUCCCCUGCAACCGAUGGCUUGACAAGGAUGAGGCUGAUGGCAGGGUGGAGGUGGAGGUCUACCCAAGUGAGAUUUUGCCUAUUGAGAAAUUGAUAAACUAUGAGGUGUCUGUAGUUACUGGAGACGUGAGAGCCGCAGGCACCAACGCCAAAGUCUUCAUGCAGAUUUAUGGUGAGACUGGCAAAACGGAAUUGAUCAUCUUAGAAAACAGAUCCAACAACUUUGAAAGGGGAGCCACAGAUAUCUUCAAGAGAGAGGCUGCAGAUGUUGGCAAGAUUUAUAAGAUUCGGAUAGGCCAUGAUGGGACAGGCAUUGGGGAUGGCUGGUUCCUGGAAAGCGUCACGUUGAAACGCCUGGCCACAAAAAUGAAGGAGUCUGAUAAAAAGAAGAAGAAAAAUAAAUCUGAUGAGGAGGAAGAUGAGGAGACCAAGGAGGAAGAAGGAAUGGAUGUUUAUACAUUUGUGGCACAUCGCUGGCUGGCUAAGGAUGAAGGGGAUAAGGAGCUUGUGGUGGAGUUGGUGCCUGAUGAAGAAUCUGACCUGGAGGAAAAUACAUAUGAAGUCCACGUUCUCACUGGGACUGUGUGGGGGGCUGGGACAGAUGCUAAUGUCUUCUUGAGCAUCUAUGGUGUGGAGAGAGGAGAUACGGGUGAGCGCCAGCUGAAAAGGUCAAAUAACCUCAACAAGUUUGAGAAAGGACAGGUAGACGUGUUCACCAUCAAAGCCAUUGACCUGGGCGAGCUGAAGAAGCUGCGGAUCCGCCACGAUAACACUGGUGCUAGCCCCAGCUGGUUCCUGGACAGGGUAGAGAUUGUUGACCUCAAAGAGAGCACCACGUAUUACUUCCCGUGCCAGCGGUGGUUGGCAGUUGAGGAAGAUGACGGUCAGAUUGCCAGGGAGCUGGUCCCAGUGGAUGAAGCAUUUGUAAAGAAAGAUUCAGAAAAUGAUGGCCAGUCUCCUGCAACUUUGGGCCUGGAGCAGAAAGCUAAAUCAACAACUUACACUGUGAAAGUGAAAACGGGGGACAAGAAGAAUGCUGGGACAGAUGCCAACGUUUUCAUCAUACUCUAUGGAAGUAAAGACGAUACAGGGAUAGUCAGCCUAAAGGCCUCAAAGAUUAACAAGAACAAAUUUGAGCGUGGGAAGGUAGAUGAGUUUACAGUGGAGUCUGUGGACAUUGGAGACCUGAAAAAAAUCAAGAUAGGCCAUGACAAUAAAGUUGUUCCUUACGAGAUCACAGUGUACACCAGUGAUAUUUUUGGAGCUGGCACAGAUGCAGAUGUCUUCAUCGUUCUUUAUGGAAGUGAUGGGAUUUGCACUCAGCAAAAAUCCCUGUGCCUCAACAAGAGAGAGCAAAGGAUGUAUUUUGAAAGGAAUUCAGUGAAUCAGUUCAUCGUGGAGCUGGAGGACAUUGGUGACAUUAUUGAAAAGAUUCGCAUAGGACACAAAGGUGGAGGGCUGAACUCAGGGUGGCACUUGGACCGUGUGACGAUUCGGAGGCUGCUGCCAAACGGGAAGGGCUCCGAAACUGUCACAUUUCCAUGUGAAAGAUGGCUUGCAAAGUCUGAAGAUGAUGGUGAGACUGUCAGAGAACUGGUGCCAUCUGAUAUUUUUACUGAAAAGCUCAUGAAGGAUGGGACACUCAAGCAGAUAGAGGAAGAAGUUGAAGACCCUUUAGAAGUUCACACAUACAAGAUCAGUGUGUUCACUGGGGAUGUCUACGGUGCUGGGACAGAUGCUAAUGUCUUCCUAAAUAUCUAUGGAGACCUGGGGGACAUGGGAGAGAGAAAACUCAGUAAAUCUGAAACAAACUUCAACAAGUUUGAAAGAGGACAGGAGGACACGUUCACAAUACAGGCUGUGGACCUUGGUAUCCUAUACAAGAUCAAGAUUCGUCAUGACAACAGUAUGUUCAGUCCUGACUGGUUCCUGGAAAAAGUGGAGAUCCUGGAUGAAACCACAGAAGAGUCGUUUGUUUUUCUGUGCGAGCGUUGGCUCUCUAAAAAGAAAGAGGACAAAAAAAUAGAGCGUACACUUUAUGAACAGAGCUACAACGGUGAGCGGAACAGCCUGGAUGGUUCCUCUCUCAGUGUGUCCAGCCAGGACAGCAAUGCCAACCUGAAGGAGCCCAAAAAAUCCAGCUUGGUCAAGGCAGCAGAGGAAGGCUCACUGAUCCCGUACCACAUCACCGUCACGACGGGCACCGAGUACGACUCCAGCACCGACAGCCGAGUGUUCAUCAUCAUCAUGGGCCCACAAAAAGUGCAGACAGAGAGGCUGUGGCUGGAUCUCUCAGAAGGAAAGGAUGAAUUUGCAGAUGGCUCCGUGGAGAAGUUUUCAGUUUGGGGCCUAGAUGUUGGGGAGAUCAAAAAAGUGGAGGUGGGGCAUGAUGGCGCUACCCCUGAGAGCUGCUGGCUGAUGGAAGAGCUCACCAUCGUCGUGCCCACCAAAGGUGUCAUGUACAACUUUGUCUGCAAGUGCUGGCUGGCCAGGGACAAAGGUGAUGGGCUCACUUCACGAAUCCUCAACAUCCUGGAUGCAGAAUGUGUUAACAUUGGUGUCAAGAUCCUCUACGAAGUCACGGUUGUGACUGGAGACAUCGAAAGUGGCGGUACCGAUGCCAGCAUUUUCAUGACUGUCUUUGGAUCCAAUGGGAACACUGAGGAGAUGCUGCUGGAAAAAAAUGGAGACAGGUUUGAGAGGGGCCAGGAGGACAGUUUCAUCAUGGAGAUUGCCGACAUCGCACCCCUCAGGAAGAUGAGGAUCCGGACGGAUGGGAAGGGGACGCGCCCACACUGGUUCAUGGAGAGGAUCACCCUGAAGAAUCUUACUAACCAAGAAGUGGCCACAUUUACCUAUGGGGAUUGGCUGUCCAAGCUGAAAAAUGACAAGGGAAGCCUGGUGUGUGAGAUGCCAGCUGUCAUAAACGAUGAGCAGAUGAUGGAGGACACCACAUACACUCUUCAGGUUAAAACCAGUGACAUUGGAGGAGCAGGCACCGACGCCAACGUGUCCUUGAUCCUGUUUGGGGAGUAUGGGGACAGUGGCACCCUGCCUCUGAAGGAGUCCAGCAAGUCUAAUAAGUUUGAGAGGAACCAGAUGGAUGAAUUCAGCUUCUCUGAAAUGCUGAGCCUGGGAGACCUCUGCAAAGUGCGGAUCUGGCACGACAACAAAGGAAUUGCCCCAGGUUGGCACUUGGAAUACAUUGAUGUGAUGGACUCUGCCAUGGACAAGACAUUUCGCUUCCAGUGUGAUCGCUGGCUGGCUAAAGGUGAAGAUGAUGGGCAGCUCAUCAGAGAACUGGCAUGUGCCAAUAAUGACAUCCUGGAAUUGAAGGAACGGACUGCCUACGAGAUUGUCACAGUAACCAGCGACAGAGAGGAUGCAGAUACAAAGGAAAACAUCUGGAUCAUCCUAGAAGGGAAGAUGGGCCGCUCAAAGGAAUUCCUCAUGGAAAACUCCUCCAAGAAGAGGAGAUUUGAAAGGGGAGCAACAGACACAUUCCAGUUCUCUUCAAAGAAUGUUGGUGAUAUUGCAGCCAUCUGUGUUGGUCACUGCCCAAAAGAUGGGAAGAAGUCAUCUGCAAAAGCUGAUGUCUUCUGGCAUGUCCAGGAGAUUAUUGUGACAGAGAUGGAGCUUUGCAACAAGUACUUCUUCAGGUGCAACGCGAAAAUCCCUCUGCGAUACAAGAGGCGAGACUACAAAGUCUUCGAGUGUGCCAAGGUCACCGAGAGCUUCGCCAGCAAAGCCCGGAGCUUGGUGCCAGUCAAAUACGAGACCAUCGUGGUCACGGGCUUCGAGAAGGGCGCGGGCACGGACGCCAACGUGUUCAUCACCAUCUAUGGCCUCAACGGGGACUCGGGGAGGAGAGCGCUGAGGCACAAGUUCAGGAACCUCUUCGAGCGAGGCAAAACCAACAGGUUUUACCUGGAAACGCUGGACAUGGGGGAGCUGAAAAAGGUCCGGAUUGAGCACGACAACAGCGGGCUGGCUCCGGGCUGGCUGGUGGAGAGGGUGGAGAUCACCAACUCGGCCACUGGUGUCACCACCAUAUUUCCCUGUGGAAAGUGGCUGGAUGAAAACCGGGGAGAUGGGUUAAUCUGUAGGGAUCUUUUCCCUAGGUACUGA